AAAGGGCAAGUGUUAGGGUGGGAGGAGUCUGAUCAAACCAAAUAGAAUAGUGGCUCCUAGUAGUGUGUCCACAUUAGAACCAUACUUUUCCAAACCGGGUGUUGGUCGCUGGGGAGACUGCGAUCUCAAGGAACGACCCCAUCUAUACACGUUUAGCACGAGGAGUCGAGCAGCAAAUGCCCAGCACCAUGCUCUCCAGCCUGCUCAGCCCAUUCCAGGAGCUGGAUACCAACUUAUCCAAGGAAUUUAUGUCUCUUCUUUCUGAGAGGAGAUUAAACAUUAGUCCUAUUGAAGAACAGGAGAGCACCUAUUUGUCUUGCCCUAUCAACUUAAACAAAAAUGAGAAAAUUCGGAAGAAAUUAACAGAAUUCUGUGUUGAACCUUUGGAGACACUAUGGAAUUGCAACAACCAGCUUUCUGCUCCAAAUCCCCUGUGUCGCAUCCCAUUCCUAGCUGACCGCUCUGUAAGUAUGAUUGAGGAGACCAAUCACUUGUCUCCACCUAAGCCACUCUCUUCCCGAUACAAGACUGAGCUUUGCCGUACUUUCCAUGAGAUUGGUUCCUGCAAGUAUGGCUCAAAGUGCCAAUUUGCACAUGGGUCUGAAGAGCUCCGAGGUCUCAACCGACACCCCAAAUACAAGACAGAGCUGUGCCGGACUUACCAUACUAUUGGCUUCUGCCCAUAUGGAUCUCGCUGCCACUUUAUCCACAAUGCAGAAGAGCAAAGGUUUAUUAAGAGUACAAAGGGACAGCGCCCUCCACUUUUGAGGCACAGUAUAAGCUGCUCAGGAAUCCCUUCUUCCACCUCUUUGGAUUCUCUCUUCUCAUCCUCACUGUCUCCCUUUUCUCCAGCUUCUCCCACCUUUUCCCCAUCUGCCUCCAUUUUUAGUUCUGGUCCUUCCUCUCCCUCUUCUUCUUCUCUUGUGACACUUAAUUUGGCACCUUUCUUUCGCCCAGCAUCUCCCCCUUCCCCAGGCAUACAAAGCCCUAUCCCUGUAAGGCAGUUGGCCCAGCUGCCACCCUUCAGGGGGUCAGAACCCAGCACUGAAUGCCUCCAGGACUGUCUUUUAGAUAAGGAUCAAGAGAUCAGUGCUUUGAAAGACUGCAAAGAGAACUGUAGCAAUUCCAGUGAAGCCAAGCGUCUCCCAAUUUUCAGCCGCCUGUCUGAUUAAGGAGUGAACUUUAUUCAACUUCAGGCCAUGCACAGAAAAUUAUUGGCUUCCUUUAAAUGUUAAGAGCUCAGGAAACAUGCACAUAAUUGUGAGUUUCCUGUAAGAUUAUCAUAGGCAUGGAGAACAGUGUUUUAAAGAAAAAAACUUGCUUGGAAAUCAUCAUUUUGUGCCAAUACAUAUAUGACAAUAUAAGGAUGUGUGGUCCAGAGUAAAGGCAUCCAAGCAAAAAUGUCAUCCUUACAGGCUGUGCUAUAAACUUCAUCUGUGCUAAUGUCAAGCAAGGCACCAGGCUCACAGACUGCAGCUAUGAAUAUUGUGCCAGUAUUAACUAAAAAGUAUUGAUACCUAGGGACAAAUAUUUGGCAAUCUUGUUUUCUUGACUUUGUAAGUGAAAGAUCUGUAGUCUGAUGCAUGUAACAUGGCAGUCUUUUUCUAAAGGGCUAAUUAGUUGAACUGCAUUUCAACUGUGUUAAGUACUGUAUCUAGUCUUUUUCCUCUGUGUUUAUUCAGUAUUAUUCUUAUUAUAUUAUUCAGACCUCAAAAAUAUGGUUGCAUGUUUUGAAAACAUUUUGAUGCUAAAACACAACUGACACUCAGAGGAAACAUUUAUAGGAUUGCACUCUUUGGCAGAACUUGAGCUACUUGAACUGCAUAUGAUAUUUUUCUGGUAUUUUCCUUUCAUCUUACUUUUAUUAUAAUAUUUUGCCCAUUCAGUUUUAUUAGCAAGGGGCCAGAAAUUGGAGUAAACUGUUAAAAGAAAAGUAUAUUCCUGCUGCUGUGUUCUACAUGACCUUUAUCCCCCUCCUUUACAAAUAUCCCGUGAGGCAUAAUUUCCAAAAUCUCUAUGUGUGGCAGUUUUAGGCCCAUGACAUAUUGCAUGUUUUGAUCACUGCUGUUCUCUCAAGCAAAUAUAUGGCAGUCACACCUUUCAUUUGCUGCCCUUCCACAUUUUAUUUCUACCACCAUGGUUGUGCCUGAAAGGAUGUUGGCAAUCAAAAUUAUGUGUAUGACUCCAGACCCAUGCUGAAAUGUAUUCUUCUUAAACCUCUUAGGCAUAAGAUCAUGUGAGAGGGCCAGGCAAUGUGAUUGCCAUGCUGGAUGCCGCACCCCCUUGCUAAUAUGUAUUACCACAAAAUCAGACCAGCAAACAGCAUAGCAGUAAGUUUUAUUAAUGUGUUGUGUUCCCAACAAAUUUGUGACCAAAUGUUGACAGCAAUUCACAUAACCAGUGUGCCUAAAGGGUACAUUGGAAUUUAUAUUACAGUAUACAGUGGGAGUCAUUUUAUUCAGUCUGCCCCCCAAAAAAAUCAUUAAAGUCCAAUGUUAAUUAAAGCUACUGUGGGGCAUUUAUUUGCCCUUUUGACAGGUUUAUGUCCAUAGUGUUUUCUGUUGGUGCUCUAAAUGUUUGACAUUGUUACCUCCCAGUGAAUAGUAAGGAAUGUACUGCAGAUCUGCCAAAUCUUACCAAAAUACUUUACUGCACAUGUUCAGAUUCAUUUAUUUUUGUAUUACAUGUUUAUUACACACUUUCUGCUGAAAGCCGCCAGAUUAGAAAGGAGGUGGUCCAGGAGUGGUCACAGCAGUGCAUCUAUUGUAGCUAUCUAACAAUAAAUGAAGAUGUUCUGUAUGAUGGCUAGACUAGUGAGCAGUGAAUUUUAUAGAAGGACUUUUAAAAAUCUCUUUCUUCUGAUUGGCCACAUAUAGUGCCAAUGUAGGUAAGGAUCUUUGAGUCCUGGGUAGGUCAGAAAGCUUUAUUCUCUGUGAGAUUCAUAGAGGUGAAACAGAAUAUGCUUAGUUUCCUCACCCUAUACCUUUCAGUUCUUAAGGUUUUUGGGGGUCCAUCAAGUAAGAAGGAUUUUCUUAGUGAAACGAUCAUUUGUCUCUAAAUGUUAUAUAUUAUAUAAUUGUAAAACUGUUGUACAGUUUAAGAAAUGUUCAAGGAAAUGUCUUGUAGGUUGUAGUUUUAGUACAUGUAUCACUGUUUUGACAGUACCAGUUGAAUGAAUAUGGGUCAUAAACCAUGUGUGAUUUAUUUAGAUGUCUGUCUCCAUUUUGCUGGGUGCAGAUAUACUAAUAUAUAGAGAUUAGGGCCGUUAGUAGUUUUGUUCUGGAGGCUCAUCAUAAAUCCACCGUUCCCAGUGCAACUAAAAGCACCUUGUUCCUAACUAGUCAAUGAGCAAAAUGAUGCGAGCUUUAUUAACUCAUGUGUAGCUGUUACAUAGUAAUGAAAAGUUUAUAUAUUUUCAGCAGCUUCACUGCCUACUCUGGUGGAUUUAAUCUGCACAUGCUUUUGUUGAGUGUUUUUUAAAAUUUGUUUUAAAAGUGCAUAAUACCAAAGGCCCUUCCCUUGCACUUUUAAUUUUUUUUUUUGUACCUGGUUUAAGUGCGUUAUGAACAUUGGUAUUGCGCUUGCAUGAGUAGUUAUUGGUUUUCAUAUGUUCAGGCAAACUUUUCAUUUACUAAUUGUCUUGUGUUUGCCCAUCAGUCAGAUUACGGAGCAUUUAUGACCCCAUGGUUUGUAAAGAGGAUCUGUAGGAUGCUAGCAUGCAAGCAAGAAAAAUAACUAUUCUAGGAUAUUAUAAUUUUAAACCUGUAGUCAUUUUGUCAUGACUUGUCAUGUUCAUUAAAAAAAAAAAUUACAAAAAUAUAAACAUGAAUAACAUGCAGACAAUUUUAUUACGGUUUCUUCCUUUUUGUUGGUAAUAUUUUUUACAUUUAGAACUUUUUUAUUUAUUUUGUGCAUUUUUUUUUAAUUGGAAUAAGUGCUUUAUGUUUUGCAAUUUCGUGAUUUUAUUUUAAAUUAGAACCAUAAUUUAUUUUUUACAGUUCCUGUGAUUGUUUGCAUCUCUGUUAAUUAUUUGAUUUAAUUUAAAAUAUUCAUGAACAUGUAUUUGCUCUCAUUAAAUCUGCCUGUCUUUUA